CGCUCCUCAUCUUUCUCUGUUUACCAAACACCUCCUACCACGCUUUGCACACCCACUAAGAGCUACUUCAUAGCUACCUCUACUGCUCGAUAUUGAUUUUAGCCAACACUUUCGCUAUAAUCGACUCUAGCGGUCAGCGCGCGCAGCUUUCGAAAUGGGCCAACUCACGCGUAUUGAAGUUAGUAACUUCAAAUCCUACAAAUCCAAGCAGACAAUCGAUUUCGGCCAGUCGUUUUUCACGAGUAUCAUUGGUCCUAAUGGAGCCGGCAAGAGUAACAUGAUGGAUGCCAUCUCGUUUGUGUUGGGUAUCAAGAGUAGUCAUCUGCGUAGUACGCAGCUCAGAGAUCUCGUGUACCGCGGACGAGUUAUGACAACAAACAACAACUACUCGACGCAGGCUGAGGGCGAUCCUGACACUGCAUCGGUUAUUGCAGUCUAUGUCAAAGACGAUGGCGAGGAAAUGCAGCUGAAAAGAUCGAUUACGUCUCAGGGCUCCAGCGAGUACCGUCUCAACGGAACUGUUGUCAGCGCCUCGCAAUAUGCUAGAGCUCUAGAGGAAGAGAACAUUCUCAUCAAGGCGCGAAAUUUCCUUGUGUUCCAGGGAGAUGUGGAAGCCAUUGCCGCUCAGUCGCCUAAAGAUCUCACGCGUCUGAUUGAGCAGAUUUCUGGAUCGCUGGAACACAAGUCCGAAUACGAGAACUUGAAAGACCAGCAGGAAAGAGCAGCUGAGGCAUCUACGAUUGCUUUCAACAAGAAACGUACCUACAACGUUGAAAUCAAGCAGUACGUCGAGCAGAAGAACGAGGUCGAGCUCUUUGAGAAGAAAAUGAAGCAGAAGGACUCAUUCGUCAUUACUCAUAUUCUAUGGCAGCUUUAUCAUUACACGCGUUCGAUCGAAGCAAGCAACGCUCAGAUCGAAGCCUCACAGGAGAAAGCGCGUGAACUGCGCUCUGAACUCGCUAAUGAGCAAGCAGCACUCGAUGACCUGAAGGCCGAGCAUUCUCAAGCGCUUCGCAAACUUCAGAAGCAGGAGCGGUCUAUUCGGAAGCUCGAGAAACAGAUUGAAGAGAAGGAUACCAGUAUGGUACCUGUUGACGAGAAGAUCAAGGUCAUCAACGCCAACGAGCAACGUCACAAGACUCGUCAAAGCGAAGUUGCUGCUGAAUAUGCUCGCCAAGAAGCUGCUGUGAAGCACUUGCAGACUGAGCUGGAAAAGGUCGAGAAGACCAUUGCUGAGUUUGAAGCACAGCAACUCACAGCUUCACAAAGUCUUGGUAUUUCCUUGAGUGAGGCGGAUAUUCAGACGUAUGCAUCUUUGAAGGAAACGUUUAACCGACAGGCUGCGAAAGAGAAGGCUGCAUUAGAGAAUCUUUUGCGUCAAAAGAGGACAAAUGAGGACAGUGGAACUUCGCUGCGCGUGAAGAUUGACGAGUUCAAGACGCAGAAGUCGCGGCUUGAAGACGAGAUCUCGGAGAUCACUGUCAAAAACACUCAGAUAUCUGCGCGGGUCAACCAAGAUAUUCAGGACCUGGAGUCGAAGAAGCAACAGCUCAACUCGAUCGUCUCUGAGAGAAUGGAGCAGACAGCGAAGCAGGAGGAACUAAACAAGAGGCUUCAAAUUUGCUUGAAUGAACUUAUUGAAGUCAACGCCGACCGCCGAGAGUCAGAGCGAGAGAUGCGUAUGCGCGAUAAGAUCGAGUCGCUCAAGCGAAUUGUCCCCGGCGUCCGAGGCAGAGUUUGCGAUCUCUGCAAGCCCAAGCAGCGGAAGUACGAGACUGCGAUGAGCACGGUGCUCGGGCGCAAUUUUGACGCCAUUGUCGUCGACACUCAGAAGACCGCGACAGACUGCAUCGCUUACAUGCGUGAGCAGAGAGCCGGUGUGUGCACGUUUAUUCCUCUUGACUCUGUCGUUGUGAAGCCGAUCUCCAAUUCGCUCAAGGGCAUGCACAAGCAGAUGCGACUUGCUAUCGACACGAUUGAUUAUGACCCCUCCAAUCAGCGCGCGAUGGAGUAUGUCUGUGGCAGCGCCGUCGUCUGCGAUGAUAUGAACGUGGCGAAGUUCGUUCGAUGGGAGAAGGGAAUUGACGCUAAAGCUGUGACGCUUGACGGGUCUGUCAUUCACAAGGGAGGCCUGAUGACUGGUGGACGAAACGGAAAUGCCACUGCAAAGAAAUGGGAGGAUCAAGCGGUGAAAGGUCUUCAAAUGCUUAAGGAGAACUUGAUGGCUGAGCUUGCGGAGCUCGCAAAGGCUCGACGUAACCCUUCCAUCGAGGAGACUUUGUCGGGCGACGUCAGCGGCCUCGAGCAGCGUUUGACUUUUGAGCGUGACGAGCUUGCUGUGAUCCACCGGACUCUCAAGAGCAAAGAAGACGAGCUCAAGUUCAUCAACGAUCAACUCAGCGUACUUGUGCCAAAGCUUACCCGCGCAGACCAAGAGAUCGCCCAAAUCAGCUCUCAGGCAAGUGAGCUCGAGAACGCCGUGCAGGAGAUUGAAGGAAGGAUCUAUGCUUCGUUUUGCGAAAAAAUUGGCGUGCAAAGCAUUCGUCAGUAUGAAGAGUUCCAAGGCGCACUUCUGCAGGAAGCAAAGAGAAAGCGGUUGAUUUUCACCACCCAGCGAUCUCGGCUUGCGAACCAGCUCAAGUUUGAGCAGGAGCGGCUGGCUGAGACCUCGGGCCGCCUUAACAAUAUCAAUGCCAGUAUUGAGAAAGAGGUUAGGCUUGUCAAUCAGCUGAUUGCGGAAAAGACGGCGAUCACUGAGGAGAUCGAUCUUAUCAAGAGCGAACUCCCGAGAAUCAAAGAGGCGUAUGGGAAGCUUAAGGAGUCUGCCGACGUCAAGGCUGAAGAGGCCUCUAAAGUGCGCAGCGAGGUCCAGAAUAUCUCGAAGGAGAUUGAGAAGAUCUCUAAGCGAAUCAAUGCAGUGCAAGAGGAGAUGGAGUCCAAGAACUCACAGCGUGCAAAUAUCCUGAGAAACUGCAAGCUCGAGGGAAUUGAUAUUCCACUAUCUGCAGGCUCUCUGAAUAGCAUCCCUAUUGGAGAGAGUGCUUUGACAGAUACUCAUAUGGAUAUCGAUGACUCUGGGACUAUGUCGCAGGCCCCGCCGGCGGCGAACGAUUACGGUAUCGUAGUCAAUUUCAGUUCUUUGAGCAAAUCGCUGCGCGAGGACGGAAGCGACGAAGCCGGAGAGACUCUUUUGGAGAACAUCCGGUCUCUGGCUGCUGAUAUGGAGAAGAUGAGUCCGAAUGUGAAGGCUCUGGAGCGAUUAGAAGAAAUUGAAGGUCGUCUCGCAGAGACUGAAGCGGAGUUUGUCAAGGCUCGUAAGGACGCCAAAGAGGCGAAAGAUAGAUUUAAUGCUGUCAAAGAGAAAAGACUCGACUUGUUUAAUAGGGCGUAUACCCAUAUCUCGGAGCAGAUCGAUAAGAUCUACAAGGAGCUCACUAAGAGUAGAUCGUUCCCUCUUGGAGGAACAGCAUACUUGACUGUAGAGGAUCAAGAUGAGCCUUAUCUCGAUGGGAUCAAAUACCAUGCGAUGCCUCCAAUGAAGCGAUUCAGAGAUAUGGACCAGCUUUCAGGUGGAGAAAAGACGAUGGCCGCUCUUGCUCUCUUAUUUGCGAUCCACUCUUACCGACCCUCGCCGUUUUUCGUGCUUGACGAGGUCGAUGCUGCGCUUGACAACGCCAACGUGGCGAAGAUUGCAAACUACAUCCAUGACCAUGCAGGCCCGGGAUUCCAGUUUAUUGUCAUCAGCUUGAAGAACGCGCUCUUUGAGCGGUCGGAUGCGCUCGUUGGUAUUUACCGUGCACAAGUCGAAAACAGCUCGAGAGCUUUGACUCUUGAUCUGCGCGAUUACCCAGAGUAGACGAGUCUUUGUUCUUUCGCGGUGGUACCUGAGUGCUGGGUCAGAAUGUAGCUUUCGCGGUGGCUAUUUGUUUGCUUAUAUGAUAUUCGGUUGGAUGAUGCGUUUGCUUGUAAUUGCUUUGUUUGUUUCGUUUAAUACUGUUUAGUGUUUGUAGUUAGAGCUGCUGUUUUGUUGAAGUCGAAUGUAAGUCAUCAACUAAGAAAGCUUACUAAUACGUACAAGGCCCUCGUUGUUAUUUAAAUGCCCGGGCAACAGUAAAUUAGGGUCUAACCCUACACUUAAAAUAAGCAGUCACAAAUA